UGCCGCCGCCAACUCCUCCGCGCCUCUUCCACCACCAAAUUACCUGCUUCUCUCACCGCGUACGUCGGUGGCCUAUUCUUCUCUCGCUCGCUCGCUCGCUCGUCGUCUUGGGCAAGUGUUGAGGCGCCCGGGUGGUCCGGAUGGAUAAUGAUGCUGAUCCGUCAGAUUCUCACCGUUUGGCUGUGACUGUGAGAUCGAUCGAGCUCGCGAGGCGCGCGUCCCGGUAGGACCAAACGACGGCGAAGAGAUCGACUAGGAUCGGAUGCUGCGACGUGCGACGACCAGACGACGGCGAGCAGGAGACUAGGAAUCUAGGAUUGGAUGCUGCGGAGGUGUAUCGUAUGAAGAACACAUGACCUACUUGACUACAAGAAGAGGUAGAUAACAAAGGAAAUUGCUUCGAUAAAGUGGAGGUGAGAAUCCAUGGCACCUACAAAUGGAAAAGAGACUGGGUUGGACGGGGCCGAGAGCUCCUGCACGACGCCCUUGGCGACGCCAGCGGCGACACCGAUUGCAACUCCGAUGUCAACUAGGUCGGUGAAGUGGGAGAAGGACAUCGAGGAUGCGGCUGGCGCUCUGCACCGGCCACUGCUUUACCAUGGCACCAACACGACGUCGCAGAUGGCCAUCGUCGGCGCCAACACCUGCCCCAUUGAGAGCCUCGAUUACGAAAUUGUGGAGAAUGAAGUGUACAACCAAGACUGGAGAUCAAGAGGGAAACUUCAGAUCUUCCAAUACCAGGUCCUUAAAUGGGUCCUGGCACUUUUUGUAGGUGUAGUCGUUGGCCUAGCUGGAUUCUUCAGCAACAUUGCUGUCGAAAACAUCGCUGGGUUCAAGUUGCUUCUAACGGGCGAUCUCAUGCUCGAGAACCGGUACCUGGCAGCUUUUGUGCUAUACAUCGGUUGCAAUGCAAUCUUGGCUACUGCGGCUGCAGCGUUGUGCGCUUACAUUGCCCCGGCAGCAGCCGGUUCUGGCAUCCCUGAGGUGAAGGCGUAUCUGAAUGGCGUCGAUGCGCACUCGAUUUUAGCGCCUAGUACCCUCUUAGUGAAGAUUUUAGGCUCGAUAUUAGGGGUGUCUGCUGGAUUUGUGCUGGGCAAGGAAGGCCCUAUGGUGCACACCGGUGCUUGUGUUGCCUCCUUGCUCGCGCAAGGGGGGUCACGGAAGUAUGGCCUCACUUGGAACUGGAUCAGGUACUUCAAGAAUGAUCUGGACCGAAGGGAUCUCAUCACCUGCGGAGCUGCAGCUGGUGUGGCGGCGGCCUUCCGUGCCCCAGUUGGAGGCGUGCUCUUUGCGCUCGAAGAAGUUACAUCAUGGUGGCGGAGCGCGCUUCUUUGGAGGACCUUCUCCACGACAGCAGUGGUGACAAUGGUGCUGCACGCGCUGAUCACCUACUGCCGUGGUGGCCACUGUGGCUUGUUUGGCAAAGGAGGGCUGAUCAUGUUCGAUCUCGGCUCACGGCAAGUGACCUACACCGUAACGGACCUUGCCGUGGUCAUGUUGCUCGGCGUCCUCGGCGGUCUGCUUGGUGCUCUUUUCAACUUCCUCGUCGACCGGGUCCUUCGCGUAUAUAGCCUCGUCAACGCGAAGGGCGCGUGCUACAAGAUCGUCCUGACGGUGACCAUCUCGGUGAUCACUUCGUGCUGCACCUUCGGCCUGCCAUGGCUGACGACGUGCACCCCCUGCCCGCCCGAGCUCGCCAAGACCAAGUGCCCGACCAUCGGCCGGUCUGGCAAUUUCAAGAACUUCCAGUGCCCGCCGGGGCACUACAACGCGCUGGCGUCGCUCUUCUUCAACACCAACGACGACGCCAUCCGCAACCUCUUGAGCGCCGGGCGGUACGACUACAGGGAGUUCGGCGUGUCGACGCUGCUCACCUUCUUCACCACGGUGUACACCCUGGGCCUGCUCACCUACGGCGUGGCCGUGCCGUCGGGCCUCUUCAUCCCCGUCAUCCUGGCGGGCGCCUCGUUCGGCCGCCUGGUGAGCACGCUGCUGGGCUCGGUCAGCGGCCUCGACUCGGGGCUCUUCGCGCUGCUCGGCGCCGCGUCUUUCCUCGGCGGGACGAUGCGGAUGACGGUGUCGGUGUGCGUCAUCCUGCUGGAGCUCACCAACGACCUGCUCCUGCUGCCGCUCAUCAUGCUCGUGCUGCUCAUCUCCAAGACGGUGGCGGACUGCUUCAACAAGGGGGUGUACGAGCAGAUCGUGCGCAUGAAGGGGCUCCCUUACCUGGAGGUGCACGCCUCGGCGUGCACGCGCAGCCUGGUGGCCGGCGACGUGGUGUCCGGCCCGCUCGUCACUUUCUCCAGCGUCGAGCGCGUGGGCGCCGUCGUCGAGACGCUGAAGUGCACGGGCCACAACGGGUUCCCCGUGAUCGAGGACCCGCCGUUGGCGCCGGCGCCGGAGCUGUGCGGCCUCGUCCUGCGCUCCCACCUGCUGGUGCUGCUGCAGGGGCGGAUCUUCACGGGAGCCCGCGUCAAGACCGGCGCCGCCGAGGUGUUCCGCACGCUCGCGCCGUUCGACUUCGCCAAGGCCGGCUCCGGCAAGGGCCUCAAGGUGGAGGACCUGGAGCUCACCGAGGAGGAGAUGGACAUGUACGUGGACCUCCACCCCAUCACCAACCGGUCGCCGUACACCGUCGUGGAGACCAUGUCGCUGGCCAAGGCCGCCUCGCUGUUCCGCGGACUCGGCCUCCGCCACAUGUGCGUCGUGCCGAGGACGCAGGGGAGGCCGCCGGUGGUGGGGAUCCUGACGCGGCACGACUUCAUGCCGCAGUACAUCCGCGGGCUGUACCCGAACGUGCUCCCCCACUAGAACCACAAAGCACGGCCGGCACGCGAAUGCCAUUUCAUUGCAUUGCACUGCAUCUGUAUAGGUUGUUAGUUUAGGCUUUCAAUAUGUUUCGAACAAAAAGCCAAGGCUCUCAGUCAGCACCCUGUCCCCUGCGAUAAAAGUGGUGUGCCUGAAUGUUUUCUCAGAACUGACAAACCUGAGAUUUUAGACAUUGUAUAGCAUAUCUCACAGAUAAUUAUUGACGAUUGUUUCAAA